AUGGGCAGAGUCACACAACAGGCAGCCCGAGACCUCCAGCGAGCAGCCCAGUCCACCACACGGCACUCGCUAUGGAUGCACGGCGACUUCAAUUUCCUGGCGCCCGGGGAAUCAGCUCUACGCUUAGACGACCCGGCCCGUGGACCUCUUGACGGCGCACGGCGGCGAGACGGAGCAAGACCUCGCCUUCCUCACGGCGAUGUUGACUUGCCUCGUCUUGGACUCGACCCUCCUCCGCAGGACGGGGACGACGCCCAUGCUGGUCUGGGACCCUGCCCUUCCCCAUCCCCCCCUCUGUCUGCCGCGGCGGCUGGGGUCCCUCCCAGCUCUGGCGAGGCGGCCACGCACGGGGGCGAUGAGACAACCUCUGAGCCGUCACGACGCCGGCUGCAACUCCAUCAACGGGCAUGGCAAGACAUUCUGGACCAGGUUACUGCUGUUGCAGAAGACAAGCACACGCACUACUGGCAACCCAACUCCAAGCUAUCGAGGAUCGACCGCGCAUAUACCUCUCUUCCUGGUUGGUACAUCCUGCAGGUGCGACUCCAGAUGCAUGUCCGCGAUGACCCGCAGCUCACCCACCGCAAACUGCUCAGCGACCACGCUCCGAUCAUCACACUAUCCAGCGACAAGCAACAUAUCCCGACCGACCUGCAGCCCAUCCCGAAAGCUAUUGCAAAGUCGCGCAACUUCCAGGACGCGCUACAGGAGCUGGUGCAAGCAGUGCCACUGGACGAGCUGGACACGGUGACAAGAUGGGACACCCACAAGCGCAUGAUCAGGGAGGCUGGCCGCAUAGCGCGCACAGAGCUCAUGGCAGACCCCACGGCUUUACGGUCCAAGCCCAUUCAGCUGCUCCUUCUCUCCAGCAUGGCCAGAGCGGUUGCCAGGCAGGACCACUACAUGGCCAAAAAGCUUGUGGCGAUGCACGACAUCGCCAAGAAGCACAUCCACAUCGUCCAGGGGAAGGUGACAGGCCUCCCUAACCCCACGGCCUUCCAGGAGCUAUACGCAUCGGCUAAGAUGGCGGACACCAGCGCUCGAAAGCGCGCCAUGGAUGACCGAGCAGUGCGGCCAGGCGCGCAGAACAACUCCAUCAAAGUGCAGCGCAACAUCACCAGGCUCAACAUGCUCGCCAAGUUGUGGUCCCCCUUCGGCAAAAGGCUGAAGCUCGCGGCCAUCAUCCUCGACGCUGAGGAAGCAGAAGACGACGGCCACAUUAGGGGACCCGACAACAUCGCCAUGCAUCUCCAUAAUUACUGGGCGUCCACCUUCACGACGCAAUCCACAGACACCACACGCGCAGCGAACUUCCUGCGCAAGUGGACCACACCGAUCCCCACAGGCGAUUUCCCAGAACCGACGGGGAAUACCAUGGGAUGA